CGCAACAAGGUCCGGUCGGUAACACACGACGACAUCGGCUUGAAGGUGCUUCACGAAGCACCACCAGAAGCGGUCGAUGUUAUUGACAUCGUCGCAAUUCACGGCAUCGGAGCCCAUCCAGACGAUACCUGGUGUAGAAAUGUCGGCACAGCGGAUAAUCCACGAUGGACGAACUGGCUAGUCGAAGAAAACAUGCUGCGAGCUUUAGCACCAAACUUGCGAAUCAUGCGAUAUGGGUACCAGUCCCAGUGGUUUGGCAAAGACGCGAUGCGGCAGAAAGCUUCGGUAGUGGCACAUCGAUUGCUUCUUGCAUUAAAACGGAAAAGAGUGGAAUUUCCAUACCGCCCACUGAUUUUCAUUGCCCACUGCUUCGGAGGGCUUAUUGUUCUGAAGGCAGCACGAAGUGAAUAUCACGAAGACGAGGUACAGCCGGAUGUCUUAAGAAUAUUAGAGCCGGGGAAUGAGUUUCUUCAGGAAUUAGUCGAUCAGUUCGGAAAGACACGAAAAUUGGCAAACAAGGCUCAGGUUGCUUGCUUCUACGAGCUCAAGUCAAGUAACAUAGGCAAGAUUGUGGGAAAAGAGGAUCGCACAGUGAGUCUCAAAGAAGCCCAGUCGCAUCACAGCUGCUAA